AUGUCGUCAUCUUCAUCUGAUGAAAAUGAUGAAAUCGAGGAGAGAUUGGGUGAUAUUAUCGAAGAUUUCAUUGACGAAAUUUAUGACGAUAUAGUGGAGGCCGAACCCAUACCGCAAAGGACCCGUAGUUAUACUGAACGACACCGCGAAGGAGGACAGCACCAGCUAAGCAAUGACUACUUCAACGACGACCAUUCGAUAUAUUCGAUACAAACUUUCAGACGCCGAUUCCGCAUUAAUAAGGGAUUAUUCAUGCGUAUUUUUGAUGGCCUUGAACAAUUCUCUUCAUUCUUUCAGCAAAGAAAAGAUGCAACGGGGAGGUGGGGUCUUACUGCACUACAAAAAUGUACGGCAGCAAUUCGUCUACUUGCUUAUGGAAAUUCGGCUGACACAGUUGACGAAUAUCUCCGACUUGGUGAGAGCACUGCACUUUCUUGUUUACAUCAUUUCACUGAUGGGAUAAUACAGUUAUUCGGAGAUGAGUAUCUGCGACGACCCACAGCAGAGGAUCUUCAACGACUACUCGAUAUGGGAGAGAAACGAGGGUUUCCUGGGAUGGUCGGGAGCAUUGACUGUAUGCACUGGGAGUGGAAAAAUUGUCCAACCGCUUGGAAAUGA